AUGGCCGCAGCCGCAGCUGCCGCCGCAGCAGCAGCCUCUGCACCGUCUAUCCCGACGACGCUCCGCAGCCCACCCAGCGUCUCGGCCUACACGUCUCUCGCCGAUCAUCAGUCGAGCACGCCGGCGUCCUUCUUUGACGGCCCACCGGUGCUACACUACCACGCCAAGAGUGCGCGCGCAUACAUCUCACGGGAACAGCGUGCAAAGCUGCCAUGGGGCAGCGCCCCGGAGUCGGCCGGUUCGCCGCUCGGCCUGGCCAUGGGCGACACGGCUCAGCAUGUGGUGGACGUCUUUGUGGGCUCUGAAACUCUCUCGCUAUACUGCCCUGCAGCGGACUGCGGCCUCGCCUUGCCGUAUCCCGUCAUCGGUCUCCACGCGAUCAAAUCUGCGACCGCAGCCGACGGCCAUCGCGUGCCGACUGUGUACAUGCAGUUGGAGCUGGAUGUGGCUGGUGGUGGCAACGAUGACGGGGGCGAGACGGUCGAGCUGAGCCUCGUGCCGGAGGAGACGACCGCUGCCGAAUCCGCGCCGACAGCCGAGACUACGCCGCCACAAGACACGACGGCGCCCCCGCAGUCGCUGUCCGAGGCCUCACGGCUGUUCGAUGCCAUCUCGGCGUGUGCUGAUCUGCACCCGGACCGGUUCGGUGGCGACAACGACGAUGACGACGAUGCCUAUCCAUCCUUCUUUGGACCGGGCGAAGGCGACGACGACGAUGACGACGGCAUCGCUUUUGAUGACGGAGACCUGGAACCGGUCGAAGGCUUCCAGGGCGUCUUCCGGAGAGGUGCAAACAACAACACCGAAGCUGCCGUCACACAGGGAUCCGACCUUCCACCUCCUCUGCCCGGCAGCGGCGGCUGGAUCACGGCCGAGAAUGCACACGAGUUCUUUGACGCCGACGGCAACUGGCUGGGACGCGACGGCAGCGGGCCUCUGGGCGAGGGCGCCGGACGCGUGCGAGGACGCGACGAGGUCGACGAAGCCGCAGCCGCAGACGAGACCAGCCGUGCAGACGCUGCGGCCGAUGCGGGCGAGGCUCAGUUGAACGGCGACGGGUCCGAGACCAAGCGGCCGCGGACAGAGUGA